AUGACUAGAAUAUCCAAAGCAGAUGAACACCCUACCCAGGACACCAAGUCCCAGAAUAAAGAGGCACUCUCAAUGGAAUCAAUCCAAAGCCUCGACGAGUUUGAAUCCCUUGCCAUAAAACACUUAAGCAAAAAAGCUUGGUCCUUCAACUACGCGGCCGCUGGAGACCUGAUCUCCAAAAGGCAGGACCAAGAGGUCUACCGCUCAAUCCUCCUCCGGCCACGCGUUCUAGUCAAUGUGAAAGAAUGUGACCUAUCGACGACAAUUACCGGCCAGAGAGUCGGCCUACCCAUUUUCGUAUCGCCCAUGGCAAUGGCCCGGCUAGCGCACCCUACAGGUGAAGCUGCCAUUUCAGCCGCGUGUGGAGUCUUUGGUGCCAUGCAUAUCAUCUCGAAUAAUGCAUCGAUGGUUCCAGAGGAGAUUAUUGCAGGAGCCGCGCCUGAUCAGGUCUUUGGGUUUCAGCUUUAUGUCCAGACGGAUCGCACUGAGAGCGAGGCCGUCCUGGCGAGGAUCAAUAAGCUACCCGCGAUUAAGUGUAUUGUCCUCACCGUUGACGAGCCUGUCCAAGGGAAGCACGAGCUUGGGCCGAGAGGUUUCCAACAGUACGACGAGGUGCAAACUGAGGCUCCAGGAGAGCCAUCCCCACCGAGCGCAGACGUUAGAGUGGCUAUCCCAUCGAUCUCUGGGCCGGCUUCUGACGCGGAAUGGGAGGUUACGCUGCAAUGGCUCGCAAAACACACCUCGCUGCCGAUAAUAAUUAAAGGAAUUCAGACUUAUGAGGAUGCUGAGCUCGCUGCGACAUAUGCUCCGCAAGUAAAGGGCAUUAUCCUGUCGAACCACGGGGGGCGCGUCCUUGAUACUGCGCCGCCUGCUAUUCACACCCUACUCGAAAUUCGCAAAUACUGCCCAGAGGCUCUGGAGAAGCUGGAAGUUAUGGUUGAUGGGGGUAUUCGACGCGGGACAGAUGUUGUGAAAGCGCUGUGCCUAGGCGCGAGAGCAGUGGGUAUUGGGCGACCAGCGUUCUGGGGUCUUGGUGCCGGUGGUGUAGCUGGGGUUGAGAGGACGCUUCAGAUUCUAGCACAGGAGACGAGGACCUGCAUGGGAGUGUUAGGUGUGCGGAGAAUCGCAGACCUGGGAACGCGCUAUGUUAAUGCGAGAAUUGUAGAGCAGCAGAUUUACAACGGGGAUUCGAUUUGA